GCCACUCAUCUUGAACUUCACACGUCGUCCUGAGAGAAUUGGCUGCCAGCAAGAGAUCACCAAGUUACAUCUGGGCCUAAUCUCCAUGCACUGAGAUUUCUGCUUGAACCUAGUCAUCAAAGACACAAAUCUUCAAGAUGUCAGUCUGUUUUGGGAUUAUCCUUUCGAUCGCCAUCCUUCUAGGUAACUCUUUCAAGCUCCGAGCUGCCAUUACUGGGCCAGCUCCUUCGGACGGUGAUGGGCCUGGGUCUCAGGCGUGUCCAAUGUGCUGCCAACAGGGACCUGCUGGAACACCCGGCAUACCAGGCCUGCCCGGAAGCCAAGGCCUGUACGGCCCUGCUGGGUCAAAGGGCGAUGCGGGUGAGCCAGGUCUAAAGGGUGAGAUGGGUCCAAUUGGCGCCGUGGGUGAACGGGGAGCACCCGGGACCCCUGGGUCGAAAGGGGAUGACGGGAUGAGCCUGCCUGGAAAGAUAGGUCCCAGAGGUCCACCUGGUCUAGUUGGCCCAACCGGGGAAUCUGGUGUCAAAGGUCAAAAGGGUGAACCGGGGGAGAUUCCAGAAAACUCCAACCAGCGGGCGGCAUUCACCGUAAAGACGAGGUCAUCAACGCCAUCGGAUGCCCCUACGGGUCACACCUACCGUUUGCCCUUCCAGGAGACCGAGACGCUUCUGCCGGGUACCAGCUUUGAUCUGGAGACUGGUACAUUCACAUGUAACACGCCGGGCACUUACGUGUUCAUGUUUUCCGUAUGCAGCGUUUCCUCGAGCGGCGUUACGAUUCAUCUUUGGAAAAACAGCAACGUGGUCGUCACCGGCGCGAGCAGUGAUUCAAGUCACCACGAACAGGUGUCUGGGAGCGCCGUGGUGGUUCUGCAGCAAGGAGACUCGGUGUAUUUGACUAUGCACGGUAGGGCGCACAGUAGUGACAAUUCCCACACCUCAUUCAGCGGGUUUCUUCUUUUUGCCGAAUAAACAAAAUGAAUCCACUAUUAAAAGGUAAAAUGCACACAAUUCAAAGUUAUUAAAUACUCUACCUUGGCGACUGCACCGAUACGAAACCUUUUAUCCGUAAAUUUAACCAAAAUUGGAUCUUUAACUGCACUUUAAUACACGAUUCCAAUGUUGUUGAAUUGGUAGCACCCAAAUAUCUUUUUCGCAAAGAUUCUGAAACAAUUCUGAGGCUUCCAGAUGACACCAGUUACCUCAAAUAUGAUAAAAAAAAGUCCUGUACAGUUUCUGCAAAAUUGAUCCUCGCGAUACUUAAUGGGAUGUGACCGUCGCCUGCUCAGGGGAGUUCAAUGUUUUAAAGAGGAAUUUCGUUCUCUUUUUGAUCGGGGGACGGCGUUCUUGCAUCUGCGUAAUAGCCCAGAUACAAAUCAUUUUGGCCAGACGUCGUCCGGUGCCUUAUCAUUUAAUAGUUCUUCGUGUGGAUGUAUUAUCAAACACUUUAUCAUGUUUGACUGUAUUAUUUGAGUCGCCCCAUACUUGUCAGCAACACAGUUUUGUCUGUUAUCCAUCUUUCAAACAAGAGGCUUAUCUGGCGAGGAACCGGGCAGGAAGACAUCUGAGACAAUUGUUCAGAGACUGGAAUCAUCAACACAUUAAAAAUGAUACCAUAACAUUCUGUUGCGGAGUUAGAUUUCUUUUACGGGUGAACACAAAUUUGGAAGACGCAUUUUAACAUCCUUCUGCUUUGUGCUGCUUGGAGCAAGCGAGUGUGGUAACAAAUUUACAUUGAAGACAAAAGUGAUGUGGUUAGAUGACAGAUCUUUGAAAACAAAGCAGUGUCCAUUGCAUGAAAUGAGUACAUAUAGUUGAAUCAAAUAAUGCAAAACUUAACAAAAUUUUAAAAAUCAACUUGUAAAAAAUGCUCUGAUAGAAUCAAUUUGUAAAAAAAUGCACCGCUAUUC